CACCGAAUCCCAGGCCUUUCCAAGAAAUUUUUAUACUUAAACGAUGACAUACUGUUGAGUCAACCCGUAUAUCCGGAAGAUUUCUAUACAAAAAGCAAAGGAUAUAAAGUGUAUCUCUCGUGGCCGGUGCCUAACUGUGCUGAUGGCUGUCCUAUGAAUUGGCUUAAAGACGGCUACUGUGACCAACCGUGCAAUAAGUCUGAAUGUCUCUGGGAUGGCGGAGAUUGUCUCAAAAAUGACACUGAUAAAAGUGGAGGUGCGGUCACAUACACAGACUCGCCACACUAUUUAAGAUCAUCGACAGCCUAUUGCAGUGGAAACUGUGUGGAUAGUUGGCUGAGCGACCGAUUCUGUGAUCAGGUCUGCAAUAAUAUAAACUGCGGCUUUGAUUUGGGCGACUGUGGGACCAUGCCCGCACAUAUGGCCCACUUCAUUGAUGUGGAUAUCAUGUCGAGACUUCAGCAAACAUUUCCCAUUCAUUUCGAGACCACAUCAUCGCAUAAAAUCCGCAGCUCUCAUGACAUGCAGUUUGCCUUUGCAUACAAUUACUAUUUGAUGAGUGAACUCAACCAAUUCAAUGUCUCACAACUCUUUGAUCACUUCGAUGUCGACAAUUCACGAGGACUACACAGCGAACAGAAACAAUCAAUAGAGUUUUCAAAGUCUUUAGUCGUCGACUGCGAGAAUGUGACGAAUAAAUUAACACAAAUUGAUGAAAAGCAAAAACGAAACAAAUUUGAGAUCAUAGGCGAGGAGGAGGUGGUCUUCAAAAUGAUCAGAUCUAACGCAACAAUUGUGGCACAAGAUUUGGAUCAACUCAGCAAACAGUUGAAGAAAUUUCUCUGUUUCAAUGAUAACAUUGAUCACCAAAAGGCAGAUCGUCAUGUAGUGACCAAUUACCACAUCAACCACUUCUUAGACUUCAAAACUCAUGUAUCUCUUCAUUACUCGAUACUAAUCUUAUCACAAAACUAA